CAAAAACUGCUUCCAAAGAUUCCAGAUCAGCAGAAGUCAUUGAUACUAUUGAUACUAGACAUGUUGCACAAUAGCACUUUUAGUAGUUCAUAGGAAACUCUCAGCAGUCCCGAUCUUCAGUUGUUUGGAUUAGUUCCAGCGGCGAGCGAUCAGUCUGCGAGUUGUUGAAGCUCGAGUCUCUACCCUAAAUUUAUUUACAAUUAUUUGCGAACCAAUUACAGUCUGGGACUGGUGCUGUGUUGUACGUCGUGGACAUUGUCACCGCAAGCUUCCUUAAAAUUCCGACCAAAAGCUGGGUAGAGAGGCAGAGAGGUUGGACAGGCCACCAUGGCGAUCAAGUUCGCGCCCAUCUCCAUCCCGCUGUCUAGGCGCCUGCAGACGGCGAGCGUCCUACUGUUCAUCCUGCUGUUUCUGGUCGGCCACGUGUCCUCGUGGUUCGCCCUAGUGCUGUUCGCGCUGAAUCCGUUCUUCACGCCGUUCGUGAUCCUCUACCUGUUCUGGGUGUUCCACUGGGACAAACAAACUCCGUUCAACGGCGGCCGUCCGUUCCGCUUCAUGCGCCGGCUGGCCGUGUGGCGCUACUUCCGCGACUACUUCCCGAUCGCGCUGCGCAGCGACAACGACAAUGGCCUUGAUGCCAGCGUGCCGUACGUGUUCGGCUGCCAUCCGCACGGCGUGGGCAGCGCGGGCGCUGUGUGCAACUUCACCACGGACGUGACCGGCUUCGACCGCCUGUUCCCGGGCGUGGAUGUGCGCCUGAUGACGCUCGACGUCCAGUUCGACAUGCCCAUCUGGCGCGACCUGCUCAUGGCGCAGGGCCUGUGCUCCGUGUCCAAGCACAGCUGCCUGCACUGCCUGGAACACGGCACGUCCAUUGCGAUCGUCGUGGGCGGUGCGGCAGAGGCGUUGGAUGCGCGGCCCGGCUGUGCCGAUCUGACGCUGGCAUCGCGGCGGGGUUUCGUCAAGCUGGCGAUGAUGUCCGGAGCCUCUCUGGUGCCAACGUUCUCGUUCGGCGAGAAUGAUAUCUAUAAUCAGGUUCCCAAUCCGCCCGGCUCCAGGCUGAGAGAGUUGCAGAAGCGCUUCACUAAGACGAUGGGCUUCUCACCACCGCUUUUCCACGGCCGAGGCAUCUUCAACUACACAUUCGGUCUGAUGCCGCACAGACGACCGGUCACGACUAUCGUUGGCAAGCCCAUCGCAGUGGAGAAGGCUGCCGAUCCAGAGCACCUGGACAGAGAAGAAGUCGACCGCAUCUGGAACCAGUACGUGGACGGGCUGAGGGAGCUGUUUGACGCUCACAAGACGGAGUUUGGCUUUUCCGAGAGCGACACGCUGAACAUUUCAUAAUCACGAGGUGACGCGAUGCAGCACACCUGGGUUGCACUCUCACUACGCAAUGCCGCAUUCAAAACCGACCGAUAAACACUGGCCCGCAUGCCUUCCUCUCUAUGGACACCAGUGGUGCGUACUAGCUUUACGUGCUUGCUAGCGCACGUAUUGCUGCGCUUUGAGAAUUCUUUCUAUCCAGUCCACAUCUUUAUCUGCCUGUGUCAUACGUGUCACCACUUCCGCUACAUCUAUCACCAAUGAAUCACGACUCUAUAAGCAUGCCCGUGUGCAUUUUAGAACUGUUAUAAGUGCGAUAAAGAAUAUAAUUGAUGCAGACAUGGACAGACACCAACGACUAAAAAUAAUUUAAAAGAGUUUUAUCAUCCAAAAUCGAUUUCCGAAAUUCUUGAAAAUAUGAAAACAUCCAGUACUAGAUUUUACUAUCGCCAGCUGCGUUCAUAUCAUUAUCUGUAGUCUUUUUCACCUGUUGAUAUCUUUCUAUUUUCGAAGGCAACCUUACGGCCAUACAAACACACGCGGACACACAUUUUCUCGUGUGUGUCAAUGCCGGUCUUUCUUCCUGUCUCUUUCUGGCUCUCUCUCUCUCUCUCUCUCUCUCUCUCUCUCUCUCUCUCUCACACACACACACACACACACACACA